AUGGAGGCAGCCAUCGCGGAGCGGGUGGAGCAGUUCCUGGCGGCGGUGGCCGCGGAGGAGGGCCCCCCGGGGGCCCCGGGGGCCCCGGGGGCCCCCCUGGGGGCCCCCCUGGGGGCCCCCCCGGGGGCCCCCAACGGCGGCGCAGCGGCCGUGGACGCGCAGCAAGAAAUAACGGAGUUGAUCCUGGACGGGCGGUGCAUUCGAAGCAUUUCAGCAGCAGACGCAGCGGCUCUGGCGAAGUUUGAAAAUUUAACAAAACUGACUUUGAACCAAACUGGGCUUUCCUCUUUGGAGAACUUGCCGGUGAUGCCGGGUGUACGUACACUCGAAGCCACGGACAACCACCUCGCCAAAGACCUGCACUUUCUCGUCCAAGCCUUUCCCAACCUCCGCAAGCUCCAGCUCGGCGGCAACCACCUCAAGACCUUCCAGGACCUACAGCCCCUCGUCCGCAGCAGCAGCAGCAGCAGCAGCAGCAGCAGCAGCAGCAGCAGCAGCAGCGGGGGGGGGGAGGCGGGGCUGACGCAGCUGGAGCAGCUGGGGCUGGACCUGAACCCCGUGGCUGCGCUGCCGGGCUACAGAGAGAAAGUCUUUUUGCUGCUGCCUUCCCUCCAAGUCCUCGACUCCCGAGACCGCCUCGGCGAGGAGAGGGAGGCCCCCGACUCCGACGAAGACGACGAGGACGAAGAAGAAGGCGAAGAAGUCGACACGACUCUCAAGGACUUCUACGAGGCCGAAAUGCCGGAACAAGACGCCGAAGACGCGGAGGACUUCGAGCCGCCGUGCGAGGCGGAGGAGGACGAGGACAUCGACGAGGAGGACGAGGGUGCCGCGAACUUGCACUAA